AGUUCUUGACUAUAUAUGGACAGAGCUGAGCGCCCUCGCCCCGCCCCCCGCCCCUUCCGCGUUCAGCGCUCCGCGAGCCGCCGGUGACAGAAGCCCUCCUCAGCCGCUCAUUCAUUCACCGCUCACCGGAAACAGCAGAGAUGUCCUACGAGCUCAAGAGCGUGUUCGCUAGCCUUCCGCACAUGGAAAGGGGCGUGGCCAAGGUCCUGGGCGGAGACCCCAAAGGGAACAACUUCCUGUACACCAACGGCAAGAGCGUGAUCAUCAGGAACAUCGAGGUGAGACGCAAGGAAUAUCUGGGGUUCAGUGAUGAAAGACAAUUGUGUCUGCGCAGGUUCGGCGCGGUGUUCCUCUGGGAUUCGGGCUCGUCGGUCGGAGAGAUCGUGGGUCACAGUAAGAUCAUCAACAGCGUGGACAUCAAGCAGACGCGGCCGUACCGUCUGGUGACCGGCAGCGACGACAACUGCACCACUUUCCUCGAGGGGCCGCCCUUCAAGUUCAAAUGCACCAUUAGCGAUCACAGUCGCUUCGUGAACUGCGUGCGGUUUUCUCCGGACGGGAAUUGUUACGCUUCGGCCGGAGCCGACGGACAGAUUUUCCUGUAUGAUGGUAAAACUGGAGAGAAGCUGGGGUCUCUGGGAGGAGAGAAGGCUCACGAUGGAGGCAUUUACGCUGUCAGCUGGAGUCCUGACAGCACGCAGCUGAUCUCGGCGUCAGGUGAUAAGACGGUCAGACUGUGGGAUGUGGGCAGCGGCGUGGCUGUCUCCACCUUUAACCUGGGCUCAGAUGUUCAGGACCAGCAGCUGGGCUGCUUGUGGCUGAAGAACCACCUGCUCAGUGUCUCUCUGUCUGGAUACAUCAACUACCUGGACAGGAGCAACCCGGACCGGCCGCUGCGCACCAUCAAGGGACACACCAAAUCCAUCCAGUGUCUGACGGUCCAUAAGGCGGACGGUCGAUCCAGCAUCUACUCAGCCAGCCACGACGGACACAUUAAUUACUGGGACUCUGAGAGCGGCGAGAACGAGGAGUUUGUGGGUAAAGGACACUCAAACCUGGUGUCCAGGAUGACUGUGGACGAGUCCGAGCAUCUGGUGACCUGCAGCAUGGACGACACGGUCCGCUACACCGACCUGAGCAAGAGAGAGUACAGUGCGUCUGAUGUAGUGAAGAUGGACAUGCAGCCCAAGUGUGUCAGUGUGGGUCCAGGAGGUCUUGCUGUCACCGUGUGCAUCGGACAGCUGGUGCUGCUGAAGGACAAGAAGAAGCUCUUCACGCUGGACUCUCUGGGAUACGAGCCCGAGUCCGUAGCCGUUCACCCUGGGGGCGGAGCCGUGGCUGUGGGCGGAGCUGACGGGAAGGUGCGUCUGUACGCGGUUCAGGGAAACACCCUGAAGGAUGAUGGGAAGGUGCUGGAGGUGCAGGGGCCUGUGACGGACAUGUCGUACUCUCAGGACGGAGCGUUUCUGGCCGUGACGGACGAGAAGAAGGUCAUCACUGUGUUCACCGUCGCGGAUGGAUACACGGAGAAGAGCGAGUUCUACGGUCAUCACGCGAAGGUGGUCUGUCUGUCCUGGUCACCUGAUAACGAGCACUUCGCCACCGGCGGCAUGGACAUGAUGCUCUAUGUGUGGACCGUCAGCGAUCCUGACAAGAGGAUCAAAAUCCCAGACGCCCACCGGCUGCAUCACGUCAGCGGUCUGACCUGGCUCAACACAAACACACUCGUCACCACGUCCCACGAUGCCUGCGUCAAACAGUGGACUCUCAGAAUCUAAACCCAGCAGGAACGCUCUCGCUGUCUUUCUCUUGCUCUUCCUCGGUUUUCUCUCGCUUCUCUCCACUGAAAACUGUGUGGAAAGACAGGCAUCGAGCACUUGACCUUCCACACAGACACAGACACAGACACAGACACACACACACACACAUAUGUGACCAGAAUCUCUGUCAUGUGGCAUUCCAGACGCAGGGGUCAGAGUUCA